AUGGCGGAGCAACAGCCCACACAGAUAUCAUUGAAAGACAUCCCGCGGCUGCCAGUGGAGCAGGUGCGGCAGAUCAGAGAGCAGGUGGAGGGCGAGGUGAAAAUGCUCGCCGAUUCCCUCGCCUCGCUGCGCGCUGCCCUUGCCCGCAUCGAUGCCUCGCGCGCUGCCGUUGAGGCCAUGGCGAAACAACAGGAAGGUGCGAGCAUGCUGGUGCCUCUAACCGGCUCCAUGUACAUCGCAGGCACUGUCGCUGAGCCCUCCCACGUGCUCAUUGAUGUCGGCGCCGGCUACUAUAUCGAGAAGUCAGUGGAGGAGGCGAUGGGGUACUGCAUGCGCAAGGCAGAGCUCCUUAGAGCCAACCACGACAAGUUCAGCGAGGUGGCGCGCGGCAAGAGGCAGAUACUGGAGGAGGUGACGAUGGUGCUGCAGGCGAAGGUGAGGGCAGCCGUGCAGCAGCAGGGCGGGGGAGCAGCAGGUGCUGCAGGGGGGGCAGCACAGGCAGGCAGGAUACAGGCCGCUGCCUCGGCGGGGGAGCAUCAGGUGGUGCUGGAGCAGCAGGGCGGGGGAGCAUCAGGUGGUGCUGGAGCAGCAGGGCGGGGGAGCAUCAGGUGGUGCUGGAGCAGCAGGGCGGGGGAGCAUCAGGUGGUGCUGGAGCAGCAGGGCGGGGGAGCAUCAGGUGGUGCUGGAGCAGCAGGGCGGGGGAGCAUCAGGUGGUGCUGGAGCAGCAGGGCGGGGGAGCAUCAGGUGGUGCUGGAGCAGCAGGGCGGGGGAGCAUCAGGUGGUGCUGGAGCAGCAGGGCGGGGGAGCAUCAGGUGGUGCUGGAGCAGCAGGGCGGGGGAGCAUCAGGUGGUGCUGGAGCAGCAGGGCGGGGGAGCAUCAGGUGGUGCUGGAGCAGCAGGGCGGGGGAGCAUCAGGUGGUGCUGGAGCAGCAGGGCGGGGGAGCAUCAGGUGGUGCUGGAGCAGCAGGGCGGGGGAGCAUCAGGUGGUGCUGGAGCAGCAGGGCGGGGGAGCAUCAGGUGGUGCUGGAGCAGCAGGGCGGGGGAGCAUCAGGUGGUGCUGGAGCAGCAGGGCGGGGGAGCAUCAGGUGGUGCUGGAGCAGCAGGGCGGGGGAGCAUCAGGUGGUGCUGGAGCAGCAGGGCGGGGGAGCAUCAGGUGGUGCUGGAGCAGCAGGGCGGGGGAGCAUCAGGUGGUGCUGGAGCAGCAGGGCGGGGGAGCAUCAGGUGGUGCUGGAGCAGCAGGGCGGGGGAGCAUCAGGUGGUGCUGGAGCAGCAGGGCGGGGGAGCAUCAGGUGGUGCUGGAGCAGCAGGGCGGGGGAGCAUCAGGUGGUGCUGGAGCAGCAGGGCGGGGGAGCAUCAGGUGGUGCUGGAGCAGCAGGGCGGGGGAGCAUCAGGUGGUGCUGGAGCAGCAGGGCGGGGGAGCAUCAGGUGGUGCUGGAGCAGCAGGGCGGGGGAGCAUCAGGUGGUGCUGGAGCAGCAGGGCGGGGGAGCAUCAGGUGGUGCUGGAGCAGCAGGGCGGGGGAGCAUCAGGUGGUGCUGGAGCAGCAGGGCGGGGGAGCAUCAGGUGGUGCUGGAGCAGCAGGGCGGGGGAGCAUCAGGUGGUGCUGGAGCAGCAGGGCGGGGGAGCAUCAGGUGGUGCUGGAGCAGCAGGGCGGGGGAGCAUCAGGUGGUGCUGGAGCAGCAGGGCGGGGGAGCAUCAGGUGGUGCUGGAGCAGCAGGGCGGGGGAGCAUCAGGUGGUGCUGGAGCAGCAGGGCGGGGGAGCAUCAGGUGGUGCUGGAGCAGCAGGGCGGGGGAGCAUCAGGUGGUGCUGGAGCAGCAGGGCGGGGGAGCAUCAGGUGGUGCUGGAGCAGCAGGGCGGGGGAGCAUCAGGUGGUGCUGGAGCAGCAGGGCGGGGGAGCAUCAGGUGGUGCUGGAGCAGCAGGGCGGGGGAGCAUCAGGUGGUGCUGGAGCAGCAGGGCGGGGGAGCAUCAGGUGGUGCUGGAGCAGCAGGGCGGGGGAGCAUCAGGUGGUGCUGGAGCAGCAGGGCGGGGGAGCAUCAGGUGGUGCUGGAGCAGCAGGGCGGGGGAGCAUCAGGUGGUGCUGGAGCAGCAGGGCGGGGGAGCAUCAGGUGGUGCUGGAGCAGCAGGGCGGGGGAGCAUCAGGUGGUGCUGGAGCAGCAGGGCGGGGGAGCAUCAGGUGGUGCUGGAGCAGCAGGGCGGGGGAGCAUCAGGUGGUGCUGGAGCAGCAGGGCGGGGGAGCAUCAGGUGGUGCUGGAGCAGCAGGGCGGGGGAGCAUCAGGUGGUGCUGGAGCAGCAGGGCGGGGGAGCAUCAGGUGGUGCUGGAGCAGCAGGGCGGGGGAGCAUCAGGUGGUGCUGGAGCAGCAGGGCGGGGGAGCAUCAGGUGGUGCUGGAGCAGCAGGGCGGGGGAGCAUCAGGUGGUGCUGGAGCAGCAGGGCGGGGGAGCAUCAGGUGGUGCUGGAGCAGCAGGGCGGGGGAGCAUCAGGUGGUGCUGGAGCAGCAGGGCGGGGGAGCAUCAGGUGGUGCUGGAGCAGCAGGGCGGGGGAGCAUCAGGUGGUGCUGGAGCAGCAGGGCGGGGGAGCAUCAGGUGGUGCUGGAGCAGCAGGGCGGGGGAGCAUCAGGUGGUGCUGGAGCAGCAGGGCGGGGGAGCAUCAGGUGGUGCUGGAGCAGCAGGGCGGGGGAGCAUCAGGUGGUGCUGGAGCAGCAGGGCGGGGGAGCAUCAGGUGGUGCUGGAGCAGCAGGGCGGGGGAGCAUCAGGUGGUGCUGGAGCAGCAGGGCGGGGGAGCAUCAGGUGGUGCUGGAGCAGCAGGGCGGGGGAGCAUCAGGUGGUGCUGGAGCAGCAGGGCGGGGGAGCAUCAGGUGGUGCUGGAGCAGCAGGGCGGGGGAGCAUGAGGUGGUGCUGGAGCAGCAGGGCGGGGGAGCAUCAGGUGGUGCUGGAGCAGCAGGGCGGGGGAGCAUGAGGUGGUGCUGGAGCAGCAGGGCGGGGGAGCAUCAGGUGGUGCUGGAGCAGCAGGGCGGGGGAGCAUCAGGUGGUGCUGGAGCAGCAGGGCGGGGGAGCAUCAGGUGGUGCUGGAGCAGCAGGGCGGGGGAGCAUCAGGUGGUGCUGGAGCAGCAGGGCGGGGGAGCAUGA